AUCCAUUGCUGUCCUUACUCAAGGAGGAGGCGUGUAGCGGAGAAGCCAAUCGUCACUCCUCCACUGGGGGGGCUGCUGGUACAUCUUGUCAACAAUCACUAGGAGAGCAGCAUCAGUUUCAUCAGAGUUCAACUUUGCCGUCGGUCGCACAAGAUAAACACUUCAUUGCAAAUGAGCAACCAGCUUCAGUACACGCUCCCCAUUACCAGGAUGUGUCUUCUGACAAAUUACUUGCACAUUCGGACCCACAGCAAGCGAGUGCAGUCAACAUGGCAAACCAUCCAUCAUGGAUGCCUCCUCAACUUCAGAUAAUUUCCCAGUCCAGCCACACCGUACCUAAUCAAUCAAUUAAUUUCGAGGCAGGGGACCAGCAACAGAAUCAAAGAAUGUCAUCUUCAUUACAAAAUGAUCAGUUCCUCACCAACGGUGCAUCAGAUGGGUUGCAGGAGUCAAUUCAAACUGGUGUUUUAGCAACAGAUCCUCUCAACGACAUACCUACGACCAACAUUCGGAAGGAUUCCUAUCAACCAAACCACACCUUCUGUGGACAACAUGGAGGUGAAAGCUUGUCAUCUUCGCCAAUGUAUUCAACAAGCUGGCCAUUUUCCAUUGAGGAUAUCCCAACUAAUGAUGCAAUGGAUCCGGCAGAGAUAUCAUCGUUAGGAAAUGAAAAAUCCCUUCAGACGGGUACUUCAAGUUUUUUGCAGGAUUGCCGUGAGCCUUGUGCUUUGGAAGUGGUUAACACUGCCCAGCACUCUAAUCAACCCCAUCCAAGAUGUGAUGGAGAAAGUGGAAUUGAAACCAAUUUGUUUCCUUCGCAAGAUUCGGGCCCAACGGAUGGAAUAAAUACGGCAGCCCAAUCAAUACCAUCUCUGGUUAUGAACAGAGGCUCACCAAUGUUGAACCAGAUAAGCAUUUGCGCCAACCAUGAGAAGAUGCAAAAUCUAAAAAGAAAAAUUGAACCACUUGAAGGCAGAGGAGCUGACAUAAAGAAGAAGAUGAAGCUAGAAUCUGCCAAGUCAUUGCCUCAGAUGAAGCCGAAGACAAUGGUUACGAAAUGGUUGAAGAAAAUAAAAACAGCAAAAAAUAAAUUCAAAAGCAUUAACGAAGCGAGUGGGGAAAAUAUGCCAUUGAAGGAACAGGUGGGGAGAUUGACAAGAGAAGUGGAAGAGCUUAGAGAGGAAAAACUUCCACGAACGCUAUUCACUCAGGCAGAACCUGCCAAAAAGACCAGCACUAUUAGAACAUAA